AUGGAAAAUCAAAGUGCUGUUCAAACAAGAAAAAAAUUGUGGUACAUGUAUGGAGAAAAUGUGCUGAGAGACAUUCAGGCAGAAGGUAAUUUUUAUAUAGAACCAUCGUCAAAAGAAGGACAGUUAAAUGCUAAUCAGUGGCCCUUGUUAUUAAAGAAUUUUCAUAAACUAAAUGUAAGAACAAAUCAUUAUACGCCUCUUCCUUCUGGAUGUUCUCCAUUAAAACGUGAAAUUCAAGAAUAUAUCAGAUCUGGUUUUAUAAAUCUUGAUAAACCAUCUAAUCCAUCUUCUCAUGAAGUCGUGGCUUGGAUUAAAAGGAUUCUUGGAGUUCAGAAGACUGGACAUAGUGGUACUUUGGAUCCAAAAGUAACGGGAUGCUUAAUUGUAUGUAUUGAAAGAGCAACACGUCUCGUUAAAUCACAGCAGGGUGCUGGAAAAGAAUAUGUCUGCAUUUUUCAACUUCAUAGUGCUCCCGAAAGUAUAAAUCAAGUAGCAAAAACAGUAGAGUCAUUGACGGGUGCAUUGUUUCAAAGACCACCUCUUAUAUCUGCAGUGAAACGACAACUCAGAGUUCGGACAAUCUAUGAAAUCAAAUUUUUAGAAUAUAAACAAGAGCAGAACAUGGGAUUAUUUUGGGUUAGCUGUGAGGCUGGAACUUACAUAAGAACACUGUGUGUUCAUUUGGGUUUAUCACUGGGUACUGGAGGUCAAAUGCAAGAAUUGAGAAGAGUUCGAUCUGGGAUUCAGUCAGAAAAGGAUGGAUUAGUGACAAUGCAUGAUGUUUUAGAUGCUCAAUAUCUGUACCUUAAUCAUAAAGAUGAGUCAUAUCUGAGACGAGUCAUCAAACCUUUAGAAGCCUUAUUAGUUUCUCAUAAAAGGAUUGUUAUGAAAGACACUGCUGUGAGUUAA